GUCAUCGUACAAGACGUGGGGCACAUUUACCAAAACCACUACCAUCACCAUCAUCAUAGUGACAGUUACAACACAACAAUAUGUGUAUGAGUGAAAAAUAUUAACUUUUAUUCUGGAAACAAGACAAACUGUGUGACCAAAACGAAAAAGAUAUGAGUUUACCAGGAAGUGGAAUGGACAUGUCUGCACUAAUGUCCCAACAUCCAGUGCUGGGUGCAAUUCCACCAGCGUUUUUCCUACGCGCUUCUGAAAGAUACCAGCGCACACCAAAAUGUGCCCGAUGCCGGAAUCACGGGGUUGUCAGCGCGUUGAAAGGUCACAAGCGUUAUUGCAGAUGGCGUGACUGUGCCUGCGCGAAAUGCACCCUGAUUGCUGAACGGCAACGUGUCAUGGCCGCACAGGUGGCGCUGCGUAGACAACAAGCACAGGAAGAAAAUGAAGCCAGAGAAUUAGGUUUGCUUUUUCCUGCUCCAGCACCACCAGAUACUCCACCGUCGGAAACAGCAAAUUCUUCCAAUUUAGGCAUGAGUCCAACCAGCGCGAAUGCAAAUGCUAACGAAAAUGGUUCACAAUCCUAUCCGGAUCAGAUGGGGAUGUCACCGACGGGUAGCACAAGUCCAAAUUUAAAACGAACAAAACUGGAAGAUGAUUCCGAUUCGGAAGAAGAUUCAACUCGCAUCACUCCCAAACGUCGUAAUUCUUCCUCACCGACAUUAGCAAUGCCACAAACAUUCAAAGAUCACACCGCUGCACCCAACACUCCAUCACCUGAACCUCCACAACGUGAACGCCGCUCACCAAGUCGCGACCUGGAUGUUGAAGAUGACAACUCAUCAGAAGCACCUGAAAAUCUUUCUUUAAAAAAAGAAAGUCCGCCGAGUCCAAACUCCACCAUGCCAAACCCAUUCAAUCAACCUUAUCUACCUUACCAUCAUCCAAACUUCCCACCACAAUUCUCACCAUUCCAUCACUUUGCAAAUGCACAUGCCAAUGCACAACGGUCACCAGUUGAUGUCCUUCUACGUGUAUUCCCUGGAAGACGUCGUAGUGACGUUGAAGCAAUUUUACAACGCUGCAAAGGAGAUGUACUACAAGCAAUGGAAGCAAUGGUUUCCGGAGCGCAGGAACCCGACCAGGGAUGUCCCACACCAUCGGCAUUCUCACCUCUUGGACCUCCAAACAGUUUUCAUCGUUUUUCACCAUCCAGGAGAUUUCUAUCCGCGCCAUAUGCAGGAACCGGGUAUCUAUCCACUGUAAUCCGCCCACCUCAAGAAUAUGGUCUACCAAUGGUCCAUCCUGACCUCUACAGCGCUGGAGACAAAACCACCGCGUCUUCUCCAGCCUCCAACACCGGAUCCGAUAAAACAUCUUACUCGGAAUAGCAAUUUGGAAGGUGGUAGGUUAAAAAUCACACCGGCUGUUUAUAAUUUAGUAUUUUAAGGGUGAGCAAGUAGUAGGGGUGAGUGUGCAUAUUGAUAAUUGCCGGGGUCGUUCCUAUUAUGCAUGUAGGUGAAGUGGUGCUGAAGGAGAUGGUUGCAUACGGCGGUUUUCAACGUUUCCGCUUCAACAAUCGCAUCGAAAUUUAAUUACACAUUUGAAUCGUACAAACCUACAGAGUGUUUGAAAUAAAUUUCUAUUAUUUGACCAAUGCAUGUGAUGAUUGUUGGCAACACUCACUGGUGUGGGUGAAUAGUCUGAAAAGGGGAACGAAACAAAAACCCCGUCGCUUGUGAAUAUCGUGAACAUUGUGCCGGAGUUUGGGGGCGCAUUGUACCUCUGUAGCGACCAGCAGCUCGCCGGUGAAUUAUAUUAUUUGGCGGGGUGCGCACGCUCGUUUUUUAAUAGCAACGACCCCCGCGACUCGAAACGUAUAAAACCCAUUCACCACCGACACACGCGCUAUGGCCACAAUACAAUAGCGCAUCCAGAUACAAAACCAAAUUGAAAUCAAGAAACAUCCAGAAUGAAUGAAAAUUUGCUUGUAGUGUAAAAAACAAUGCUUUAAACAUAAAAUUUAAAAUGUUAGUUGAUUAAUUUAUUAUCCACACAUAUGUAUGAAUUAUUAUUGAGACAUGUAUAUAAUUUUUUUUAAUAAUAACAAUUUGUAAUUGUAGAAAAUAUUAAUUAUAUUUAAGUGUAGAUAAAAUUUAAACAAAAACAGUCAUUAAUAUUAAAAGUGUACAUUAUUGCGCUUCUAGGUAUAAACUAUUUUAAAAUAUUGAUAUAAUCACAAUCCCAACUAUUAUACGUAAAUUGUAAUCAAUUAAAACACUUUUAAUCAGUAUCUUCGUAAAAGACAUCGGAAA